UUCGCCUCAAGUUCUUUUCCUCUUCUGCAGAAAUUUAACUUUGUGAAAGUUCGCUUCAGUCAGGUUGUUGCUCCGCCAGCGCACGCUGCCUGCACUCUCUGCACCGUCUUUUCUUCACGAUUCUUUAUUAUUAUUAAUAAUAAUGAUGCACCGCAAUGACGCUCUACCGCAUGUCCUGUCUUUUAUUCUUCUCUGCAUUGGGCAGACAGCAACUUCAGCAGUGUCUGCCAUGUACGAAACAGACGUGGUCAUACCGCAAGAGCUGCGACAAGAGGAGGUGCACCUGCUCCGGGGAGACUACAGGUGGAGCAGAGGUCGUAGACGACGUUCAGACCAUCAGCAGGAAGACCACCUGUUUCUGCGGCUGCCAGCUUUCGGAAAGGAACUGUACUUGCAGCUCCAGAGGGAUGACUCUUUCUUGGCUGAGGGGUUUGUGACGGAGGAAAGGAGCGAGGGGGGUAACGUUCAGCACGAGCCGGCUUUCGGGAUUCGGCGGUGUCUCUAUACUGGAUCUGUUCUCAAUCACACAGACUCUUUCGCCUCAUUGGACGUUUGUGGUGGACUGACUGGCCUGGUUAAGACCGCAGAUGACAGCCUGUUCGUCGAGCCAGUGGGCCAGACUGUGGAUUCCUUCUCUGGCUCUGAACACCGAGUGAUUCGGCGCAAGCAUUCUUCCGUAGACACAUCUGCUGGAAACAGCAGCUCCAAAUUCUGCCAAACCAUCCAAGACAAAAAGAAGGAGAAAAAGAUGAAAGGGGCAGAGGAGGCAAGGGGCAGGAGGAACGCCAUCCGUCUGACCAGAGAGUACACUGUGGAGACCCUAGUGGUUGCCGAUGCGAACAUGGUGCAUUACCAUGGUGCAGAGGCUGCCCAACGCUUCCUGCUCACCAUCAUGAACAUGGUGUAUAACAUGUUUCUGCACCAGAAUUUGGGUGUGAGGUUGAACAUCCGAGUCACCAAGCUGGUUCUCUUGCACAGCCGUCCGGAAAAGUUAAAGGUGGGCCAUCAUGGAGAAAAAGCCCUGGAGAGCUUCUGUCACUGGCAGCACGAGGAAUACGGGGCUCGUUUCCUGGGCAACAAUCACGUUCCCGGGAGCAGAGAUGAUCCACCUCCUGUGGAUGCAGCCGUGCUGGUCACCAGAACAGAUUUUUGUGUCCACAAAGAUGAGCCUUGUGAUACAGUCGGAAUUGCUUAUUUGGGGGGCACCUGCAGUGCUAAGAGGAAGUGUGUACUGGCGGAGGACAACGGACUCAACCUGGCUUUCACUAUCGCUCACGAGCUGGGUCACAGCAUAGGGAUAAGCCACGAUGAUGACCAUCCCAGGUGCACAGGCCACUCUCACAUCAUGUCUGGUGAAUGGGUCAAGGGUCGUAACCCCAGCGACCUUUCCUGGUCUACAUGCAGUCGUGAUGACCUGGAAAAGUUCCUCAGAUCCAAGUCGAGUUCCUGUCUACUGCACACAGACCCCCGUAACCGCUACCUUGUUCGCCUGCCAGCCAAACUACCCGGAAUGCACUACAGCGCUGACGAACAGUGCCAGAUUCUGUUCGGCACCAACGCAACCUUUUGCACUGAUAUGGAGCACCUGAUGUGUGCGGGUCUCUGGUGUUUGGUUGAAGGAGACGCAUCAUGUAAGACUAAACUGGAUCCACCUCUCGAUGGCACAGAAUGUGGUGCUGACAAGUGGUGCAGGGCCGGUGAGUGUGUCAGCAAGACUCCAAUCCCUCAACAUGUGGAUGGAGACUGGAGUCCAUGGGGCGCGUGGAGCAUGUGCAGUCGAUCGUGUGGCACCGGAGCACGUUUCAGGCAGAGGAAAUGCGACAAUCCCCCGCCCGGCCCAGGAGGAAAGUACUGUCAGAAGGCAAGUGUGGAGCACAAAGUGUGUGAGGGACCACCCUGUUCGAAAGGUCUGCCCACGUUUAGAGACCAGCAGUGUCAGUCUCAUGACCGGCAGGCCAGUAAGAAGAAAAACCAAAUGUGGACAGCUGUGAUCAAUGAUGAAAAGCCGUGCACUCUGUAUUGUACGCCAGUGGGCAAAGAUGCUCCAGUUUUAGUGGCGGAACGUGUGCAGGACGGUACGCCAUGUGGACCCUACGAGAGCGACAUGUGUGUAAGCGGAAAAUGUCAGAAAAUCGGAUGUGACGGCAUUAUCGGUUCAUCUGCUAAAGAAGAUCGGUGCGGUGUCUGCAACGGUGACGGGAAGUCCUGCAAAAUCAUCAAAGGAGACUUCAACCACUCCAGAGGGAUGGUCCCCCGUAGCCAUUGUAAGAAGGUUUCUACGUGUGUGAUGUCCAAACCCAGAGCUGUUCUCAAGUGUUUCUCAUGUUACAUCGAGGCAGUGGUCAUUCCGGUGGGAGCACGGCGAAUCAAAAUUGUGGAGGACAAACCGUCCCAUAGCUUUCUGGCUUUGAAAGACUCCAGCAAACGAUCCAUAAAUAGUGACUGGAAAAUCGAGCUGCCUGGAGAGUUUGAAAUUGCUGGUACUACGGUCCGGUAUGUGAGGAGAGGACUGUGGGAAAAGAUGUCUGCCAAGGGACCUACUAAGAUGCCACUUCACCUCAUGAUUCUUCUGUUUCACGAUCAGACGUACGGGAUCCACUAUGAGUACACUGUUGCCCUUAACCAGUCGCAGGAGAACCGCAGCGAGACAGUAAAAGAACCUGAACACAUGUACCUGUGGACUCAUAGCAGCUGGGAGGACUGCACUGUGUACUGCGGUGGAGGAGAGAGAAGGACUGUGGUCUCAUGCAUGAGGAUUGUCAACAAGACCAUGACCCAAGUGAACGACAGCUAUUGUCAGGUGGAUAACAGACCUCCGCCACAGAUUCGCCAGUGCAACACCCACCCCUGCCAGUACAGGUGGGUCACUGGUGACUGGGGGAGGUGUUCAGCAACUUGCGGUAAAGGUCUGCAGGAGCGGGAAGUUGGGUGCGUGUACCAGCUGCAGAAUGGCACGUACAUUCACACCAGAGACCUGUACUGCGUCAGCUCCAAACCAGCCGGCGUACAACACUGUGAGGGUAGAGACUGCCUAACCGUUUGGGAGGCCUCUGAGUGGUCCAAGUGCUCCUCUGAAUGUGGUCGAGGCAUCAGGAAGAGGACGGUGACCUGCAGAAAUCCUCAGGGCCUUUGUGAUCCUGCAUCUUGUCCUCCAGAAGAGGAGACCUGUGAGGAUCACACCAAAUGUUAUGAGUGGAAGACUGGUGAAUGGUCUAAGUGCUCAUCAUCAUGUGGGCGGGGCUUGCAAUCCAGAGUUGUUCAGUGUAUGCACAAAGUGACAGGUCGCCAUGGCAGCGACUGUCAAGGAGUUCAGAAGCCACCCGCGUACAGACAGUGUCAACAGGGGAUGUGUAAUGUCAAAGUCAACGUCAACACCAUCACGUCCCCUAGACUCGCUGCAUUGACAUACAAGUGCACAGGAGACCAGUGGGCGGUAUAUUGCAAGGUGGUCCGAGAGAAGAACCUGUGCCAGGACAUGCGCUGGUACCAGCGCUGCUGCCAAACCUGCAGAGACUUUUACAUCAGCAAAAUGCCACCCAAGAGUUAAUGAUCCCACACACAAACACAGAGGUUUAUUUUUGCCUAUUAUAUUUGUACUGUCAAAAUAAUGUUUUAUAUUCUUAUUAAAAAUGUUCAGUGAAAUUGAAAUCAGUGGAAAAACUAACAAGAUGCACAAAUGUUGAGGACCUAAACAUUCUUUAUUCACAUAUGUGAAUGCAAAUACAUUUAACUAUGCAAUGUCUGAAAUAUCUGACUGCAAUUCAAACAGCAACGAAAGUUUGUUAUCUCAGCAUUGCAGCCAGGGGUGCUAUAGCAGGCAUUAUCGUAAAAAGUGUUUGUCUGGUUAUUACGCUGCUCUUUGGAAUGCUGAAUUCUAAUUGGUCAGUCACAUCAUCCAACAGUCAAAUAUUCUUUUAUAUACGGAUAUAUACAGUUCAAUCGAAUAACCAGCACAAAUCUGGAGAUUAAGAGAUAUACUGUAGGUUGGUUCAUGUGGACUACUUUACUGGUGCUACUUAAUUGCUUUAGUAAAUAAAAAAUAACGUGGAUUUUCCAAAUACUUAUGUGGCGAGUAGUCUUGUUAAAGUCCAGUCACACCAAAGAUGAUAAUGAUAAAUAUCUGGCGGGCAUAUAGAGUUAAGCAAGUAUCUAGCAAACACGAAUGUCUCUUUUAUCAUAAACCCUUACGAAGCAUCUGUAGCAGGCACGUAUUUUCACAUAAGCCCAAUGCACAUAGGUUCACAUGACUCAUGAACACAUAUAUUGACAUGAUGACCCCCACACAAAGAUGUUUUGACGAGUUUCGCAUCUUAGCCUCCUUGGAAAAGAAGUCAUGAGCCGCCAAAACUCAAUAUACCACCUAGUCCUAGCUGGGAUCACUUUUAGAUUGAUUUUUACAGCUGAUAAACGAUUAAAAAUUAACAGCCGGUCAAAAUUAACUCAUUCACCGCCAGCCUUUUUUGAGAAAAGUUGCCCACCUGCAUUUUUGUGGUUUUAACAAAAUUUUAACAAAAUUCCUUGCAGGAAAAAUUAUUUUCUAUAAAUAUAUAAACAUACAAAUUAUAUCAAAUUAAAGAACACACCCCCUGCUUUCAAACAAACAAUAAACAAACAAACAAACAAACAAACAAAAUGGGGAAAAAACUUUCAUUAUAUAUUUACUUUUUCUACUUAAUUUAACCACUGAAAUAUGAAUAUUUCUCUUCAAAAAUACAACAUUUUGAGCAAAAAGCUUAAAAAAUUGCG